GGGGAGGCGAGGUUUGAAACCCUCGUUUUUGUUCGCAAAACAAACAAUCUUCUUUGCACGGUGUUUGUUUGGGUUGAAACAACGUUUGUUUAAAACUUUGGCUCGCGAUGCAUCUCUUGAAACAUACAUGGGCCUACCAGACAUGUGGAGUGAUGUUGAGCCUGGUCAGUCGUCAAGACUUAGGAUGUUUUAUGCUGUUUUGCAUUUUGCAGGGCCGCAGCCCACAGGUCGCUGCUUGAGAGUUGUCCCAGCCCUUUUUCUUUCGCCUUUUUCCCUGCGACCGAGGGUUUUAAUAGCACGAGGAAACUCGGGACAAGGCCCUGCAGGCACGACACAUAAUAAGCAUAAUUUCUUGCACUUUGCCUAUCUGAAGUUGCCCCUCCUAAAAAACGUAGAGAAAGCAUCCGCUCUGUUCCGCAGCCCCCUUUCACCUCAAGCCCCACCAUGCUGUCUCCCCUCCCGCGCCACCUCCACCGCGCCCUCCGCCUGUUGGGGCACCGUGGUGUCCGGCCCCGCGGCGCGCGGCACCUGGCGGCGGCGCCGCACUUCGGCCUCUGGCGCGAGGGCGCCUGGGCGGAGGCCGCGGGCGGCGGCACCGCGGAGGUGCGGAACCCGGCGACGGGGGAGCUGGUGGCCACCUGCGCGUCGGCCGAGAAGGAGGAUGUGGAUCUCGCUGUACGAGCGGCCGAUGCGGCCUUCAAGCGAGGGGACUGGAGCGACCUGAACCCUCGCGCGCGCGGACGUGUGUUGGCGCGAGCUGCGGAGCUGCUGCGAGAAAAUCUGGGUGAGCUGGUAGAGCUGGAGACACGGCAGACAGGGCGAUGCCUUAGAGAAUACAAGGCUCAACUCGGCCGUGUGCCCGAAUGGUUUGAGUAUCACGCCUCGUAUGCGGCAGCCAAAGGCUUUGAGGGCCGCUUGCCGGCGCUGACCGAGAGCGAUCACGUGAACAUGGUGUGGCGUGUGCCGCUGGGUGUUUGUGGGUUGAUCACGCCCUGGAACCAUCCGGUGCUGAUUGCAGCGAAGAAGAUCUCAGUGGCGCUGGCUGCAGGCAAUACUGUGGUGGUGAAGCCACCACUGGAGGCGCCUCUGACCGUGCUGCGCCUCGCCGAGCUGCUCAGCGACGCCGGGCUGCCGCCCAGCACGCUGCAGGUGCUGCCGGGCGACGGCCCGGCGGCGGGGGAUGCGUUGGCGAGGCAUCCCGUGGUGGAAAAGUUGGACUUCACCGGCGGCACAGCAACAGGCCUGCUAAUCCAAAAGUCCAUGGCCGAGUGCGGCCGCGUGCGGUCCUACUGCGCCGAGCUGGGCGGCAACGCACCAGUCCUAGUCUUCGCAGACACACGCAGUGUGGAGGAGGCUGUGGAUGGCGUGCUCUUCAGCGCGUACGUCGCCUCUGGACAGACCUGCGUGAGCGGCAAGCGGACGCUCGG